UAUUUUUUAGACACUUUUUUAUACUUUUUUGUAUUUUUCAGAAAGCAUUUUAAAAUUUAUUUACACUAAUUAUGGCAAACAACGAGGACGAACUUUCGUUUGGAAGUGAUGAUCAUGAUCCAACAUUAAAUGGCGCUGGAGCUACCGGUUCAAUUUCUGUGGCUAUGUCAGAGGACAAUGAUUUUGAAGACAUUAAUGAAAAACUGCGGCAGAUUGAGCAGGAAGCAGAAAAGAUUCGUGCAAUGCAAAGUGAAGUUGAAAAGCAGUUCCAAGGAUCGAACAAUGGCAGUCCAGGUGUCGCGCCUAGUCUGUCAGUUGAAGAUAAAAUGUUAAUCGAUGGACGGUCUAUUUAUGUGGGAAAUGUCGAUUAUGCUGCUACACCUGACCAACUUGAGGAACAUUUUCGCGGCUGUGGUAUAAUUGAGCGUGUUACAAUUUUGACUGACAAAUUUACUGGACAUCCAAAAGGUUUUGCCUAUGUGCAAUUUGCCGAUAUUGAUGGAAUGCAGAAUUCGCUGUCUCUCGGUGAUUCUCUUUUUUUGGGUCGUCAAAUCAAGGUUGUGCCAAAACGUACAAACAAGCCGGGCAUUAGUACAACUAAUCGACCGCCGCGAGGUAGAGGUUCUACUAGCGGACGUGCACGUGUUGUUAUCAAAUAUAUCUAUCCUGGAAUGCGAGGACGACCACGAGCGUCGAGAAGACGUGCAGCAUUUUUCUCACCAUACUGA